AAUCAUUUAUUUAUUAUGCUAAUAUCGUUACACCUGAUGCAUAAUCUUAGUAAAAUAUUUAUAUAAACACCGCGCAAUUCUUCUAAAAAAAUUUAAAGACCUUCUAUCUAGAUUAAAGAGUACAAAAAUCUUAAAUUUCCUAAUCAUACUUAUUAUAAUUUGUCUUUUGAUAUUGAACAACAUGAAUUCAAAUAACCAAAAUACACAAGAUUAUUAUAAUUUAUCAAUGGAUCAAACUGGAAAUAGCUCCGCUCCUCAAAAUAAUAAUGAAAAUAAUCAGCAUACUUUAAUUAACAAUGUUGGUGUAUCUGAUACGAAUUUAAACACCUUGCACAUUAAUAGUAUUAAUCCUACAAUUCUUGUGCCUCAUAAUACUACUUUUGAAUUUUACUUUCCCUCACCAAACGAUGCACGUAUCUAUCACGUUACUUAUCAGUAUACCGAAUUACACCCAUUAGAAAAUGCGAGACUCCUGAAUGAUAGAAUUAAUCUAUCUCACAUUCCUGAUUAUCAGUUGCCGCAUAAUUAUAAUUUACAAUCUCUAAUUCAACAACAGAUUCAACAACAAGUCCAUCAUCCUAUUGUUUAUCAACAAAACAACACUCAACAACAACCUUUCGACACUACUCAACCUAUUUCCCAAGUAUACUCAAAUAAUGACACCUACAAUGCAGCAACGCAAGAUAUGGGAGAUACGGGAUUCCAGAAUUCUCCUUAAUGGAUAUUUAAUGGUUUUGCGAAAAUUGAACGGCCUUUAUCGCAUUGUUC